AUGGCCUCGACAAAAGCAACAUCAACUUCCAAUGGAACCAAGUCUUCGUGUGCUGCGUCCUUGAAUUCUGCGCAACUCAAACGUCUCCUUGCCGGGCCCACCGUCACGAUCCUCUUCAGGAACAAAACUGACACCGAUGGUGAUGACGUCCGUGUCGUGUAUGAAGACUUCCCAAAGAAUGUCGCUACUGCCUUUUCAACCAAGUGGGAGGCUGAGUUGUCCCCUACCGAAGGGGUGGUUGGCAACAUUAAGAAUAGCACCCAUCAGACCAUCGUCGUCAGCGGUGCGGACGGUGACACAUGGCGGAAGAUCCUCGACUGGAUGAUCCGAUGUUGCCAGGGCUUUGGCUAUGCCCAGGUUCCGAAUCGAAAGUUAAAACCAUAUGCGUACCAAUUCUUCAUCCACGAAUGCGCUGCGUCGAUCGGAUGCGAUAUCCUGAAGAAACGAGCAAGAAAAAGAAUGGUGCUCUUGUCUGUCGAACAAAUCCACUCAGAGGACGUUCGUGCUCUUUGGCUCGUUGAGCCCCCGAAUGAGAAAAUGAGAACCUUCCUCGUUGAGCACAUCGCAAUUCGAUUCUGGGAGAAGCGACUCCGGGCCAAAAGCGCAUUCUGGACGCUGCGCGAAGAGUUUUCCGACCUCCACGACAGAAUCAAUCUUUUCAUCGCUGAGCUGAAUGGUGGCCCAGCUGAUGUUGCUCGUGGAUACGGGCCAACAAGGCUAGAAACGCAAGGACACAAGAAGACGGCCCGCAAUAUCAGUGCUGUAAAGGUUGAAGAGCAGAGCAACGUGCAGAGACCAACAAAUGCGAAGCGCGAGAACAAGACGGUUACCUUGAAGCCACACAUUGUGCGGAAAGCGACCAGCAAAACGCCCGCUUAUGCAAAGUUGGACCUGGCCUCGAUCGGCGUCACGAGAGAGAAGUUCUGUGGUCCGAGAUAUUAG